AUGAGAACUGCCGUUGCCACCGCAGGAGCGUUGCUCUUUCUCUGUUUAUGCUGUCAGGCGAAAGUCGUUCUCGUCUCUCUGGAUGGAUUCCGACACGACUACAUAGAAAUGGCCAAGGCAAAAGGCCGCAAUGUCAGCGCCUUCGAAGAGAUCGCCAGGGACGGUUUCAGAGCUGAGGUCCAAAACGUCUUCAUCACCAUCACUUUCCCUACACACUAUUCCAUCGCCACGGGCCGAUACGUCGAGAACCAUGGUCUCUACAAUAACCAGUACAGAGACCCAAAAUUCAAGGAGUCCUUCUCCUACAGGAAUGCCACACAGCAAAUGGAUCCAAAAUGGCUGGAGUACAACAACAACGAGCCCAUCUGGCUCACGAAUCAGAGGCAUGGCAGUCGCAGCUGCGUGUUCUACUGGCCCGGAAGCAAUCAACCCUACAAGGGCAAGUACCCCUUCGCAACCAGUGGUCUUUACAGCGACCAUCCAACAUUCCAGUAUCGUGUCGAUCGUCUGAUGGACUGGAUGACACAGGACGAGUUCACAUUUUGUGCUCUUUACUUCAACGAACCAGAUCAUUCCGGUCAUGCUCAUGGGCCAAACUCAACAGAGGUUCUGGAUGCAAUUGAGUUGGUCAAUGAUGGAAUCGCAUACCUGCUGCAAAAAAUCAAAUCGCAUCCCAAACUUAACGGCAAGGUAGAUCUGAUCGUCACGGCUGAUCAUGGAAUGACUUAUAUACCGCUGGAAAACAGAAUCAAUCUUUAUGAGGCUGUAACUUCAGACCGUUAUAGAGGCAACAUCUCGCCGCCUGUUGUCGGCAUGUGGCCAAGAGGGAGUAAGUUGCUCUUGAUGCGAUUUUUGCACUUAGCAGCAUAGUUCUGUUUAGGAAAUCCAUUUAAUAUUUUCAAUGCUUUUCUAAAAAAUAGUAUUCGGCUAGAGGACGUUGACACCGUGAUAUGCGGUCCUCUGAACUUUCAGAUAACACGGCCAAAUCCAUCUACCAGGAUCUGAUGGCGAAAAAUUUGUCGCACCUAACGGUUUAUCGGAAGGAAACUAUUCCAGAAAAGUACCAUUAUGGAAGGAGCUAUCGAAUGCCGGAUAUCUUGGUGGUCGCAGAUCCUGGUUAUCUAAUAAAGGUCAAGGAAGAUUAUUUCACAGAUAAUCGUAAGUACAUUCUUCUACUUCAUUCGCUGCUACUUCUGUGGAAGUACACUAUAAAAUAUUCGAGUGCAAUGUAUUACCCGUAUAUUUUAGUAAAUAGAAACAUGAGAUGUGCGUCGAAAUAGACAUCUUUUGGCAUCUGCAUUAACUAUAGCCCCAGUCAAUUUUUGACUGUGCCAAUUCGAAAGACGCAUUUUUUCCAGUUCUCAGUAAGCCAUUUCUGGUUGCUUGUCGCAGAUACAGGCAGUAAGAGUAUUUAACCUCCACCUAGUUCGAUCUUUUUGAAAUAGAGUGUCUUCCUGGAAGCUGAUUUAUAUUGUCUGCAGUUAGUUAAUUCUUAGAUGGAAAUUAAAAUAGCAAGUAGCUAAGACUAAUAGACGGAUUCAUUCGCAUUGACAUGUUGUAGUGGGGAGUGGCAGUCGUUUAUUACUGCAUCUGUAUUCCACAUCUCAUGGGAGAACUAGUCAUAUUCAUUUGUCUCUCCAAAGGGACGGCCAAAAGAAAAUUUCAAUGCACAUUCCAAGAAAAGCGAGAUGUAAUUUUAUAAACCCUGGAUGGGUUUUGAUUAAAUAGAUUUUGAAAGAAUAUUUGUCACGGUAAUCUAAAAGAACAAACAAAAACAAAAAAUAAGUCGCCAUUCGAAAGAAGCAAACACGCAGACGAAGUAAGCUCAUCCUCAUGCAUUUGCAAAUUUUAGCUCCACUUGGAAUGCAUGGCUAUGAUAAUUCCUUCCGCGAAAUGCAUCCAUUCCUUGUCGCUUCUGGACCGGGCAUCAAACAUAUGAGCGAAAUUCAGGCAUUCCAUCAGGUUGACAUCUAUCCCCUCAUUUGCAGUCUUCUGGGCCUGCAGAGACCAAACGUCAUCGACGGACGCAUCGACCGCGUACUUCCAUUCAUGAACAAUCCACCCUCUGAGGAAUUUGUCCAGACCUUCAAGAAAUACGCCAAUGGAAUACUUUCCAAUUUGUGAACCACCAGCUAUUUCCGAUUUUAACAGAAAUUCACUAACGCAUCCGUGUAAGGCGCUUCCAGCCGGCGUAAAAGGAAAUCUAGUUUUACUAUUUACAAGCGACUUCCAGAAUUUCUCAUUUCUCCUCACCUAACAAGCAUUUCAUAUGAACCGCAAUAAAAUACUAUGUUGCUUUAAAUUUUUAAGUUACUCAUCCUCGCUAUUUACUUGGGCAAUGCUCCUAAAAUAAUAGGAAAGCAUGCCUUCUAACUUCCUUUACGUGGCCGCCGGAGAUUUCAAUCUUUUCAGAACUCCAGUCAAGAAAGCACUAAGUACAGUAAUUUAUCGAGUGGGAUGACAUGGUUGACGUCGCACAUUUUUGGUUCGCAAAUAAUGACCGUAACGUGAAUGCCAAGACUCCCACAAAGGACUAGCAGAAAAAUGAAAAACGAGGGUAUGUUCCAUCCACAUCAGAUUCAGUCUAUGAACUCCCUCUUCACCAUGGCGUGUAGAGCACGUUGUAGAUUCAAACCACGCGCAUGCAGCAAGUGUGCUAUCUCAGGAAAUGUUCACCGAAGUUCUAAAAUGCGUUUUCGUUUCGAAAAGACUACUCCAACAGGGUUCUGGAAUUAAUCACCAUGCAGCAAGCUUCUAUAAUAAUUCAGUUGUCGUAGGAUGCCGGUUUUCGAAAGAACCUCUUUCCGGCCACAUGCAAAAACCACAGUCCGUAUAAAAAUGACUACUCCAGUAGCAAGAAGUUCUCUCAUUAAUUUUCGAUGCCCUUAAGGAUUCAAUUAUACUUCGUAGGAAACAUGCAUAAGGAUAUUCAUUUUUUGCUCAUUAGGUAGAAAAUGGCGUCCUACUCCUAUUUUAUACUAGAAAUAAGGGUAUAAUUUGGUUUUAACAACGUUCCUAACUAUGAGAUUUUUAUAUCUUUACUUAUACAGCAGGUGGGCUUACUCAUGAAAUGUCAACCGAAAUUUGGAAAUGCUUUCUCGUUUCGAAAAGAUUAAUUAAAUAGGGUUGUAAAACUGAUAAUCAUACAGCAUACUUCUAUAAUUAACCGGUUACCUCAGGGUAUCGGCUUUCGAACGAACUUAUUCCUGACUGCAUGCAUGACCUCUAUUCUGCAGAAAAUGACUACUUAAGUAGCAUGCAAUUUUAACAUCGUUCAAAGAUUGACUAACCAUAUACAACUUUCUGCACCCUUCCUCUUUUGCCUAUCCUGUAUUUUAAAAAAACGAACUCUUAUUGAUCUUGUUCACUCACUGCUCCCCAUCCCAUAUAACUGCAAUGGACUGACCAGAAGUUAGCGAAAGCAACGUUGGCUGGUCACCAUUUUAUUUUAAAUGUGUCUUCUCAUCGUUUAUAAUUCAGAUGCCAGCCAGCUUUGUGAGGGACGGGAAAGCUCUGCAUCCCGCCUCUCUGCACUUCUCACAUCCCCCUCCCCUCAUCGACCUUACCGCGGUGAAGUAGGCAGCCGCAGACUAACUCGAGUCGCUCUUCAAUUGAGCAAAAUGUGUGGCCCAUAGUGGAGUUCGGGAGCCGCCUGGGACAACUGAACAGCCCUAUUUAAAGAGAGCACUGCUCAUCCUCGCAAAGGAGGAUGGAUUAGAAAACGUGCCUUGAACAAAUGUUGGGUUACAAAGCCGUCUGCGGCAGACACAAAAGCCACGGUCGAAACAACCAAACAGAAAAGACACUCUCUCUGGAUGGCUGACGACGGCUAACAUGCCAGAAAUAGCCAUUCCAGUCUCCCUUCUCUUUGUCGGUAAUGCCAUUCUUCCUAUAUCAUGCGCCGCUGUGCGGCUGCUGGUUGGGCUCGACAGAGAGCCCAUAAGGCACAACGGAACGAGUGAAUUCCGUAAUAACUAUCGGUGAGCGCCCACUACCAUUGUAUAUUCCCGAUCGAAACCGACAAGGCAACGGGCUCGUGGCCCAGUGGAUAGAGGCGUUCACUUCUAAAUAACAGGUGGCGAGUUUGAGCCUCGGGUGUUCCACACUUCGAGGUUGGGUAUGGCUGGCUGACGACCGCUAAUCGGUCAGAAAUGGCCAUUCCAGUCUCCCAUCUCUUUGUCGGUAAUGCCCUUCUGACACUCUCUCUCUUUUCCAUCCUUCUUCCCGCUGUCCCACUUGCUAGACCAGUACGAUGAGUCCGUUCACUCUUGAAGCCUGGAAUUUUCGUUCCAUUUGAGACAAUUCAAGGAGCAACCGACCGGAACGAAGGACUGCGCUAGUGGCACGGGAACUGGCGCGCUACAAGGUGGACAUCACCGCACUCAGCGAGACCCGGUUCUCCGAACAAGGCCAACUGGAGGAGGUGGGUGCCGGUUACACCUUCUUCUGGAGCGGUCGCCUCAGGACAAAGCGACAGGACUCAGGCGUCGCCUUUGCCAUCCGGAGUGACAUCGUGGGACGACUGCCCUGGUUGCCGCCGGAUAUCAACGAUCGCCUGAUGAGCCUCCGCCUGCCUCUCUAG